AUGAACGCCAUCCUCUCAUGCCCAGGAGUGUUGUAUCGGCAAAGAACUGGGAGUCCGGAGACGGUUGUGAUCACCAAGGUUCUGGAGGUCUACAACCAUAUGGUGAUGACACAUUUCAAUCUUCUGGGAUUUGCAACACGGCCAGGCUUCCAGCUGCCCCUCUUCUUUGUUUUCCUGGUGAUCUACCUACUGAUACUAAUAGAGAACUUUCUUAUCAUCCUUGGCAUUCACAGUGAUGGAAAGUUGCACAAGCCCUUGUCCUUAUUCCUGAGAAACCUCUCUUUCCUGGAGAUGUGGUACAUCACAGUCAUCAGCCCCAAGGUGCAGGUAGACUUCCUCAGCCAUUACAAGACCAUUUUAUUCAAUGGGUGCAUGACUCAACUUUACUGUUUUGUGACCUUUGUCUGCACUGAGUACAUUCUCCUGGCUGUCGUGGCCUUUGACCACUAUGUAGGCAUUUGUAAUCCACUAUGCUACCAAGUUAUCAUGACCAACCGGCUUUGCGGUGCUCUGGCCAGGGGAUGCUGGUUCUGUGGACUUGUGACUGCCGCCGUGAAGAUGGUUUCCAGAGCCCGACUCCACUACCGUGGCACGCCUCAGAUCAAUCACUGCCUCCAUGAUAUCACACCACUUCUUAGUGUCUCCUGCGAGGACUCCUCACAGGCAGAGCUAGUGCACUUCCUCUUGGCCCUCAUAGUCACUGCCCUCCCCCUCUGUGCAGUGGUGGCAUCUUACACCACCAUUCUCACCACCAUCCUCAGGAUCCCUUCUGCUCAGGGCCACCAAAAAGCGUUUUCCACCUGUGCCUCUCACCUGGCAGCUGUAAUGCUCUUCUACUCCAUGACCCUUGUCACCUAUACCUGCCAAAAGUUUAUGUAUGCCUACAAUCCCAAUAAAGCAGUGUCUGUGCUCUACCCCGUCCUCGUCCCACUUCUCAACCCCAUCAUCUACUCUCUGAGGAACUGGGAAGUAAAGGCAGCCCCCAAGAAGAACGUGCUUUGA